AUGCGGCUCUGGCACCUCUUUCUGGAGGCAAGCCUCGCCGCCGCCCAAUUGUACCAACAGCAAGCUCAAACUCCGUUGCAAUACUCAACACCAUGCGCUCUACUUGCAGCUUUGUUCCCUGAGCAGGUUGUUAAUCCCGGAGAAGAAGGUUACGCCCACGCACAAGAAAAGUACUGGUCGAUUCAACAGGCGGAACUGAUACCAGCAUGCCGCUUUCUCCCACGGGGCGCUCGCGACAUUCAGAUUGCCCUGGCUGAUGUGAUUCAUCCCUCCAAUGCCAGCAUUGCCAUUUCUUCUGGUGGACAUUCGUCCGUGACUGGCGCGUCGAAUAUCGAUGAUGGUAUCACGUUUGACCUGUCAGACAUGUCCGGCGUCAAUGUGGGCGACAUGGAGGAGACCGUCGUUCUGGGCCCUGGAGCCCGUUGGAGAGACGUCUAUCGAACCCUUCAGAAGCAAAACUUGACUGUGUCUGGCGGCAGAGUUGGCAGUGUCGGAGUGGGUGGCUACGUGCUCGGUGGCGGGUUUUCUUGGUUUGCUAACCAAUAUGGCUGGACAUGUGACACUAUCAUCGAGUUUGAAGUAGUCACACCCCAGGGUGAGAUUUUGUGGGUGAACGCUGGCCAUCACGAAGAUCUGUUCUGGGCAUUGAAAGGCUCACUUGGCGCCUUUGGCAUUGUGACUAAGAUCAAAAUGCCGACGCUCCCAAACACAGUGGUCUAUGGAGGCGCACUUUCUUACGAGCAGCCACACUUUCCGCUCGUUUGCAACGCCUUGAAGAACCUGGCGGCCAGGGCUGAGGACGACCUGACGACGCAGGGCUACCUCUCGUUUGCUUGGUUGCAAGCAGAGAAGCGGUUCGAGUACGACGUCUACCUCAUCAAUACCGAAGGUCAAUCUUCCCACGAAGCACUGGCAGCGUUCGAGGCUAUCCCACACCUGGGUGGCCAACUUAGCACAACUACGAUCGGCAAGAGCGCAGAUGACAUCGACAGAAGCAACCCUCUUGGGUUUCGUCGAUUCAAAUUCACUCUGACCAGCACACUCAGCCCAAGCGCGAUGACUGCCGUGCACGACGUCGUCAAGACCUUCACCGAAAACACGAAAUUCGACCCGACCGGAGUUGUUGGUGUCACCUUCCAACCGCUGACUUCGAGCCAUCUCAAAGCUCAGAAGAAUAUCUUCAACCUCAUUCCCUCCCAUGGACCUCUGCUCCUGAUUUCAGUCGAGCUGUGGUGGAACGAUGCGGAUCGCGACAUCUAUUUCAGCGGCAAGGCCAACAAGCUCCAGCAUGAUCUGGAAGCGACACUCAAGAAGUUGGACGCUUUUCAUCCAUUUAUUUACCCGAACUAUGCUUCACGAGAGCAAAAUCCAUUUGCAACGCUGGACCCCGUAACAAUGCGCAUGCUCGCUGCAACGAAGCGCAAGUACGAUCCUAAUGAUCGCUGGUCGAAAAUAGUUCCUGGAUCGACAUACUUGAACUGA